UAGACAUAUUGCAUGAUAUGCCAAACGUAUCAAGUUCAAAUUACAGCUACUUCAAAUAUUGUGAAAUUUAAGUUAGACACAAUGAAAUAUCUGUGCUUUUUGGUUGCUAUCUGCGCUGCUAAAACUGAUUUUUCCUUGUUUAAAAAUAAAAAAUAUAAUACAAUAGAAUUAAGAGAUACAUAUGGUGGAGAUUUACCGACCGCUGUAUUUGAUAUGGUUAAAGCUUAUCCAUCCAAUGAAAUAACUAUUUGUUAUGAUAUAAACAUUGAUUCUGAUUUUUUGGAUAUUAUAACUAAUAAAUUUUCAACAAAUGAAAUAUUAUACAGAUUAUUUAAUAUGAGUAACAUUGACCAUCAAGAUAAGUAUUUUACAUUUUUAACGUACCAGGUUGAGAACAAUUUAAAAUCUAUGACUGUUAUUUUUACAAACCCCAAGUUUUACGAACAUUUUUUAUUAGAGAUAUACUCGAGAAAUCUUAUUAGAAGGGAUGUAAUAUAUAUUUUUUACUAUGGAAGAAAUACAUUCAAUAGAUAUUUUGUAAGAAACAUCCACUAUGCUAUGAAAAUUUUAGUUAUAACAAACCCAAGAAACGAUACAUUUAGGUUAUACUUUAAUCAAGUAUCGUCGCACAGAGAACAUCAUCUAGAAAUGAUCAACUGGUGGUUGGAAGGUACAGGACUCUUCUACCAUCCAACAGUGCCAAAAAACAAACGAGUUUUCAAAGACUUCAAAGGCAAAGUCUUCUCAAUACCAGUUUUAAAUAAACCUCCAUGGUAUUUUGUUCAAUAUGAAAACGGAAGCAUAGUGGACGUCAACGGAAGAGAUCAUCGUAUAUUAACCCUUUUAUCACAAAAAUUAAACUUCAGAUUUCGAUAUUUCGAUCCCCCCGAAAAAUCUCAGGGCACUGCCGAAAAUGGCGAGCUGAACGGCGUUCUAGGUCUCAUUUGGAAACGGGAGGCCGAAUUCUUUCUCGGCGACGUGGCACUUACCUACGAAAGAUUGAAUUUUGUCGAAUUUUCAUUUAUAACUUUGGCGGAUAGUGGAGCUUUCGUCACUCAUGCACCCAGUAAGCUCAACGAAGCCGUGGCACUUCUUAGACCCUUUCAUUGGCAGGUUUGGCCCGCCAUUGGAGUAACGUUUAUGAUCGUUGGACCUGUUUUGUACGUGAUAAUUGCUUUACCAAACGCCUGGCAACCUAGAUUUAAAAUACCGUCGCAUGGAAGGCUACUUUUUGAUUGUUCUUGGUAUACUAUCACUAUCCUACUCAAGCAAAGCAGUGGAAAAGAGCCCAGUUCUAGUCAUAAAGCGAGGUUUUUUAUAAUACUAUUAUCGAUUUGUGCUACUUACGUUAUUAUCGAUAUGUAUUCCGCAAAUUUGACCUCGUUAUUAGCAAAACCCGGAAGAGAAAGAGCAAUAAAUAACUUGGCACAAUUAGAAACGGCAAUGAUUGAAAAAGACUACAACCUCUAUGUUGAACUGCACAGUUCCUCUUACAGUUUACUCGAGAACGGAACUGGCAUUUAUGGUAGAUUAUGGAAAUUGAUGAACACCCGACAGGUAAACUUCGUGGUGGACUCCGUGGAGGAAGGCGUGCUUCUUGUAAGGGACUCCACCAAAAAUGCAAUAAUUGCUGGACGAGAGACUUUGUUCUUUGACAUUCAGAAUUUUGGACCCAGCAAUUUCCAUUUGAGUGAGAAGCUCAACACGGCUUAUUCAGCAAUCGCAUUUCAACUAGGUUGUCCCUACAUUGAUGAAGUGAACAAAAUAUUGAUGGCUAUAUUUGAAGCUGGGAUAAUUAGUAAACUAACGGAAAACGAAUAUGAAAAACUGGGUAAACAAAAGGAGGGACACGAAACUGAAGACAAAGUAAUUCCAAGUGUGCAAAAGGAAAGCAGGAGGAGUGCUAAAAUAAGUGAAGAUAAUGAGAAACUCAAACCAAUAAGUCUUAAAAUGCUUCAAGGAGCUUUUUAUUUAUUGUGUAUUGGAAUUGCCAUUUCAGGACUCGUACUUUUAUUUGAAAUAAUAGUGUUUAAACACUAUGCAACAUACAGCAAGAUUACAAAAAAGCAUGUGAAACCUAUUCAGAGAUUAUCUAAAAAUAUUCGGUGGAAAAUACAAAAUAUAAUUUUUGCUAUAAAAAGGCAUUAUAGAAAUCAAAUGCACGAUGCUAUUGUAGAUACUUUAGAAUAUUUAGAAUAA